AGAAAGCUAAUUAGAGCUGAUGAACAACAGCUGUGCCACCUGCAUGAGCGACUCUUUCAGAGUCAGUGUGUGGCACACGUAGCACUUCCUGUUGGUGACUGAUGCAAUGGGAGCUAUUUGGGCCUUCUUUGUUUGUGUCCUGACUGUUUGGCUUGCCAAAGGCUCUUGUUGGCCAGUUGGUGGGACAAAUAAAAGGAAUGAUCAUGGGCUUCAGAGGAAGAUGGAAGAUUUGUCUCCUAAUGAGCUCUCAUUAAAGAAGGCCAUUGCACUUCUCCAGUCGAUGGAAUCCAAGUUGGAGCAAGAGGCUAAGGCAGCUCUCUCACUUUCAGUACAACUGGAAACCAAUGAUGUGGAAGCUGAGUCACCAGUUGGCCAUGUGAAACUUGUACAAACCCCGAACAGACCAAAACGGCUCCAAACUGAGAAGGAUGUCCCUGUAGGCACGGCCAUGGAAAGCGGCAGCUUCACCUUCACCUUCACCUUCCCCGCAGGCGGCAGGGCCAUCAGUAACGACGGCAGCCGCAGCGCGGCCGACGACAGCGGCGACGGCAGAAACCUAUUCCCCGGCUUCAUCGGCGGCAUCUUCCCCGGCAGUGGCGGCAUCUCCGCUGGCAACGGUAUUGGGAACGGCGGCAUCUCCGCCGGCAACGGCAGGGGGAACACUGGCAUCUCCGCCGGCAACGGUAUUGGGAACGGCGGCAUCUCCGCCGGCAACGGUAUUGGGAACGGCGGCAUCUCCGCCGGCAACGGCAGGGGGAACGGCGGCAUCUCCGCCGGCAACGGCAUUGGGAACGGCGGCAUCUCCGCCGGCAACGGCAUUGGGAACGGCGGCAGCAAUAUCCCCGCCGGUUUCGGCAACUUUGCAGGCGACAGCAGUGGCAGCAGCUUCAACAACGGCAGCAGCAGCGCGGCAGAUGGCGGCAGCAGCUUCAACAACGGCAGCAGCAGCGCGGCAGAUGGCGGCAGCUCCAACAACGGCAGCGCGGCAGAUGGCGGCGGCAGCAGCUCCAACAACGGCAGCGCGGCAGAUGGCGGCGGCAGCUUCAACAACGGCAGCGCGGCAGAUGGCGGCAGCAGCUUCAACAACGGCAGCGCCGCAGAUGGCGGCAGCAGCUUCAACAACGGCAGCGCCGCAGAUGGCGGCAGCAGCUUCAACAACGGCAGCAGCAGCGCGGCAGAUGGCGGCAGCUCCAACAACGGCAGCGCGGCAGAUGGCGGCAGCAGCUUCAACAACGGCAGCAGCAGCGCGGCAGAUGGCCGCGACAGCUACAGCAGUGGCAUCUUUUCAGUCCCUUCACACAAAGGCUCGCUUCCUGAAGCCAGGGGCAGAGGGCACAUGAAGGUGGGGCAAAAGCUGCAGAACAAGGCAAAGGCAGAGUCAUCCUUGCUUUAGAUCUUGGGAUAAUAUGGUAAUGCAGAAUCAUGCAGGAGUUCAGUUGAAGAUAUUUCUGUAUGUCCCACGUUUUCUCUGCUUUAAAUAAAACACUCUGAUACGUGUACUUUC